AUUCGCUUACGAAUUUUUUUCUAUCCUCGAAAAUUUAUUUGUCUUUGAAAUAAAUUGAGAAAAACAAUGGAAAAUCUUCGUUCAUCUAGAACUAGAAUAUCAGACACCAAUAUAGAAUUAAGAAAUAGUCAACGUCGACGUUCUAUACCUCAAUCUACUUCAAAUAACCGAUUUUCUAGACGAAAUGGCCAAAAUAACAUUUUUACUUAUGUAACUUCUACUUCUGAACUUUUAAUUAAGCCCCGCCUCUCUUUAGUUAAUCGAUUAUUUCUAUGAUCUGAAUAAUUAUGACAGAUAAUAUGUAAGGAACAUAAAAU